AUGGCCGGAUUGGGGAAACAAGGAGCUGCUAGGCGUGGUGGAGGACAACUAUCAGUACUGCUUCCGGUUUCAUUACCAUCUGAUAAACAGACACAGACUGGUGCUAAUGGUGGUACAUUGCCACUUGCACAAGAGUCUCAUGGUUCCAUGAGUGUAAAUAAUGUUCCUUUGCCAGAGGGACAUGUCGAACAUAAUGUUGAGUCAUCCUCAACGAGGAGGAAACGGGGACCAACCCGAAAUAUUGCGCUUGCCAAAAAAAAGCAAGCCGGCGAGAAGCUUAAUGUCGAGAUGCCUGAAGAGCUUGGGCGAAUAGUAGGAUUGGAAUGCCAACCACUUAUAACAGAGUUGGGAUGCAUUGUUCGGAAGCAUGCACCUCUUCAAGUGACAAAAUGGGCAAAGAUUGACAAAGCCGAUCGGGAGAGUUUACUCCAAAUGGCCAAGGAAUCAUUCAAUCUCCAUGAUGGACAGGUUAAAGAUAUAACAUUUGCCCAAAUGAACACGCAAUAUAGGAAUCAUCGCCAUAAGCUACACAAGAACUAUUUCUUGCCACACCCAACAACAGAAGUAGCAAUGCAACAUCCACCACCAGGCGUGCCACAAGAAGAUUGGAAUUAUCUUUGUUCUUACUUCUCCUCUGACGAAUUUAAGAAAAGGAGUGCUCAAAAUGCAAGGAAUCGGGCAAUGCAAAACACACCCCAUGUAACUGGGACAAAGUCUUUUGCCCGGAUGGGUGUUGAAAUGACUGCUCAAACUGGUGAAGUGCUUGGGCCAAUUGAGUUAUAUAGGAUAACUCAUUAUAGUAAUAAGAAACAUUCUUGGGAGCAAAUGGUGGAGCUUCAGUCGCACCCUGUAGGAGAGAAUGAAGCACCAGUUUGUGAGGAGGAAAUUUGCUCAGAGGUUCUUGGACACAAGUCAGGGUACAUACGUGGCCGUGGGCAUGGUCCAAAGCCUAAUCGAUCCUUAUCUAAGCACCAUGAUAAAUCAGAGUUGGAGGCAGCUAACAAAAGGGCCAAUGAGUUGGAAGAAAAACUCAAUGCUCAACAAAAAGACAUGGAAGUGAUUAAGGCUACCCAAAAGGCAACAAAUGAGAUUUUACAAGCACUGAUGGAGCAAAUGCAAGGGGCAACCCAAAAUGCAACAAAUGAGAUUUUGCAAGCAUUGAUGAAGCAGAUGCAGGAUGAGAGGCACAUGUCUGCCCAUGCCAUUGCCCCUGCGCUUGACCCUCUUUCAUGGUAG